GAUGUUCUCCCGUUGAAUGAGUGAAUAUAAAAUCAGCGAAGCGGAAACUUCGAUUCAAGAAAUCAGAAAUGGUCGAAAAGACCUCGUUGGCCCAGCUUAAAAAGCUGGAAUGGAGUCGACUCUUCAACAUGUUCUAUAUAGAACCGGUGAUAUUCAUGCUGCUCUUUUCGCACAUGCUAUCAGGUACUGUAAUGCGCAAUCAGUUAAUCUAUCAGACCUGCACGACGAUCUUUCAGUACAAUGAAACCGACUGCAAGCUUUUGGAUAGUAAGAACACCACGUCGGAAAUUCAGGCCAUAGAAACGGAGUUGCAGUCGUAUGUGGCAAACAUGUUCCUAACCCGCACGCUCUUCGAAAGUAUAGUUCCCGCCAUCUGCGGAUUAUUCAUCGGUUCCUGGUCGGAUCACUAUGGACGUAAGCCCCUGUUGAUUGUCUCCAUGGUUGGGUUUUCAGCCUCUGCCCUGCUUGCCUCCGCCAUUUGCUGGCUGUCCAGUUACUAUAUGGUUAAUCCCUGGUGGUACACACUCGCAGCUCUGCCGCACUCCCUGCUCGGCGGACUGUGCGUCUUUUCGGUGGCAGCCUUUUGCUUCAUCACGGACACAACGGAUGUGAAGACCAGGCCCUACAGAAUGAUAUUCAUGGAGCUGAUUCUCUUUGUGGCCCUCACCAGUGGCUCCCUGUUGUCCAGUUUUGUGUACGCAGCCACCAGCGCUGCCUUUGUCCAGAGCCUCUCCUGCCUCCUCAUCGUUUUGGCCACCCUCUUCGUGAUUUUCUACGUGCCCGAAAGCCUGGGAAUGUGUCCAGAUCAGGAGGAGAGUCCGCCAAAGGAAAAAGAGGUUGUGGUGACAAUGUCAAGCCAAAAAGAAAACGAGUGCUCUGCAGAAAAAGAUAGUGGUCCGCCCAAAUAUGAGACUGUAGAAAAGCCGCCAAUUGAUGAUAGAAACGAAGAGACCGGUCUUUUCAGUAUCAAACACGUUAAGGAUAUGUUUGCCACUUGCUUUAAGAGGAGGGAAAACAAUGCCCACCACAUCAUCUGGUUGGUUACUUCGUCCGUUUUUCUCUCUAUUUUUGUGACCGAUGGUGUGAUGACGGUGAUGUAUUUGUUCGUCCGUCAACAGUUUCAUCUGACGGUGCGAGAGUUUACCAUAUUCGAAACGGUCAGCCAAGCGGUUCCCAUGUUGGGAGCUGUUUUAGGGGUUCUCAUCUUUAGAAAGCUCUUUGGAAUGUCCGUGGUCUCGUUGGCGUUGCUUUCGUUGUUUUCCGAGAUCCUCAGCAAUGUCGCCAGAGGAUUCGCACAUCUUCGCUGGCAUCUGUACCUUUCUGUGGUGCUCGGCAUCUUUCGCUCUAUCCAGGGACCCAUGGGUCGCACAAUAGUGUCCAACAUAGUCCCCUCCUCCGAUACAGGAAAACUGUUCGCAAUUGGCAACAUUGUGCAGUCGUUUGCUCCUUUCGUCGCCGCGCCCCUUUACACGGCCAUCUACAAGAGCUCCCUGGCCAGCAAUCCUGGAGGAUUUAAUUUCCUCAGCGCCGCCUUGUACCUAAUGGCGUUUGUCCUCAUUGGCUGUGUGAUGCGAAUUAAACUCAAGCACCGAAAGUUCUACGCCGAGACGCUCAAGUAGCAGAGUAAACUGGGUUUCCUUCCAUCAAUAUUGAUUGUGGCGAGCUCGCCAACUUUUCACGGCUUUGUUUAUGCCCAAGUCGAAAACUUUGUGUGGACAGCAUUAAAUAACUGGAUUUAUGUGAA